CCACCCAUCCAUCACUCCCACACACAUUCCUCUUACUCUUCAACCUCUCCUUGGCCCAUAAAAUUUUCUAUCCAUCUCUUUUGAUAUUUUUUGCAUUUGUGUGCGAGAAAAUUAGUAUGGAGGAAUCAGUUAAGCUCAGGAGGGAUAGCGCCAUGUAUAGAAGGGGAUAUAACAUCCUGAGUUUUCUUGAAAACAUUAUUCCACCUUUUGGCGCUAUCCAUCCUGAGUUUUAUCGGUUCUUCUUACUCCACUCCACUCCACUCCACGGCCUGCUCAUCUGUUAACGCGCUUGCUUGGUUGACUCAUCAUUAUGGUUUUAUGGUGAUUCUGUUAUUAGUUCUUGGGAAUGAUGUGUUGUUGAGUUGUUGCUAAUUUGACCCAGGGCGGCAGAGAUAUAACAAGGGUGAGAGAUCGACUGAGAGUUUUGUGUAUGAACAGAGUAAUUAUUUACUUAUUUGUUUAUUUAAUUAUGGGUGUGGAUUUGGUGGGUGUGUAUAGCCUAUGAUAUGAAAUAAUGGAGGUGGUGGAUAGCAAUAUGAUUGUGCUUCCUUUUAAUGGAUACAUAAUUGAACAGGGACUACAUUAAUGUAGUUGUGGAGACAUGGACCAUGCAAAGAUAUAGAUAGAUAUAUGUAUAAUGUGUGUGUUGUGUUUUUAUUAUAUAUAUAUAUAUAUAAUGCGCUUUUUUGGGUGCUGGUGAUUACUCCUGUUCAUGCAAUAUAUCCAACCAUGUGAUGGGAUGGGAGUUUUUAUUUGCUUGAUUAUGUUUCUUUCUUUCUUUCUUUCUUUCUUGUGGGGUUGUUUCCUUGAGAUUUCCACAAUCGCCUUUGAGUUGUAGCCAUAAUCAUAUAGCCUGGCCGGGUUACGUUGGACUGGGGGAUGUUGACUGGCUGAUACCCUGGCCAACUCUUAACUCCGUCUCCGUGCAACUCACGGUAUUAGGGGUUUUUUUUUAAUGCGAAAAUCAACAGUCGUUGUGGGUUAUGAAUGAUCGGCAUCAUCAUAUCAUACCAUAGACACAUACAUAAAUCAUAAAUGUCUCUGCCGCUGCCCAUUAUAUGCUUAUUAGCACUCAUUUCCAGUUUUUUUUUUUCUUUUUUUUUUAUUUGUUGGGGGGGCGCGGGGCCCAGUUUUUCCUUUAAAUUUUGUGGUUGGUUGCAGGUGCCCGCAUUUCCACGCUGCUCCUCUCUCUUCCACUUAAAUUCCUCCUCAUCAUGCGUCUGCUAUGCUCUGCUCCGCUGUCGCUCCUCCCUCCAGUCCACCUUCUCACUUGUGGUGGCCGGCCGUUUCACAUGCCUUCCCUUCCUCUCUCUCCGCAGGCUUUAGCUAACCAAUUGGCGGGCGGCUCCGGCCUUCUUCAUUGCCAUCAGCCUCUCUUUUCUUCGUAUACAUCGAGCGCCAUCAAUAUAAUGCCCAGUCGUUUCAUGCAUGGUUUUGGACUUGAAAGAUUUUGCUGUCACUUAAAUUUGCUUGUGUUGUAUAUGGGCUGCUGGUGAAAAUCAUGGUUACUAAUUGUGUUUGUAUAACUGUCAAAUUAAUGGGCUCUUUCAAAUUGCAAUUGCUUGAGACGAUAGAUAAUAAGUCGUCUUUUCUCUCUCUCUCUCACUCUUUUUUUUUUCGGUAAGAAAUAUAAAUAAUCUUUAAGGAAAUUGGUACCUGAAAAUAUAUAAAUAUUAAUACGCAUUGGAAAUUUGUACUGUUCGAAUUUUAUGAAUAGUAGACAAAUCCUUGACCAAAUAAGUCCUACCGAUUAAAAAUCUGGCUUUAAAAUAGUUUUAACAAGCAAUGUGGAGGAAUUUUACAAUGCUAUAUAAUAUUGGUGCUAUAGGUUUUUCCCUUUAUGGUACAACCUGAAGUUGUACCUUAACGUUAUGGUACAAUUUCAGAUUGUACCUAUACUCUUUUGUCAAAUUGUUUUAUGGUACAAUUUAAACUUGUACUUUCAUUUGAUGGUACAAGUUUAAGUUAUAAAGUUGUACCAUAACAUAAGAGCACAAAUUCCUUUAUGGUACAAUCUGAACUUAUACAUUUAACGUUAUGGUACAACUUUAAAUUGUACAUUAAAACAUCAAAUACUUUAUAGCAUAGUAGAAGUGUUGCGGAGUGAUAGCAGGGCCUAAACCACGUGAAUUCUGAUGUUGUUGGCAAAUUACUUUCUUAAAGCAAGUAAAAGGAAUACAUUGUGAAGACGAGAAGAAUCCCCCCAAAAAUAAAAAAGUGGAAAAGAGAGUAUUAUGAGAAAUAUAACCAAUAUAUACUGUCGCACAAGGAUACGGUCCAGAUUUACUGGGCUCGUGGAUACGGUUCAGAUUAUUGGCCUCUCUUGAAGGCCCAAUAAAAGGUUAUCAAAUAAAAGGCCAGAUAUUUUCAUAAUCACAGCGCGUAAUCUAUCCGUUAAUUUGCGUGGCCAUGGAAAUUUAACCUGUGGCGAGUGGCCAUCGCAUCCAUCCGGUACACAUCCCCACCCUCCGGUCUCAGGCGAUGUGAGAAUCCUCCUUCACUUUCCCUCCCAACGCAUGAGCGCAAUUUCCCUCCCAGUUCCGACUCCGAGUCAGAGAUGGCUGCCGCCGUCUCCGCAGGUAUCUCUCACGAGCUUCUGCUCGGCGUCUGCUCCUCGACUCCGAAAUCCCGGACUCUCUUGAGAAACAACAAUUCCAACUUCUCCAUUCUUCGUUCGCGAACCGUCCCGAGAUCUCUUUCGCAGAGAGAAAACUCUGAAGCAUCGUCCAACGCUCCGGAGGUUUCUCCGAUUCCGGUAUCUAAUGCACAACUUGAAAACGACGGCCUGCCGGUACCUCUUCUCCGUCGCGUCAGAAACGCAAUCAAGCUAGAUGAGCUGGGUUUGGAGAUUUUGUCGAUUGCCUUCCCUGCUGCUUUAGCUCUCGCCGCUGAUCCUAUCAUUUCUCUGGUCGACACAGCCUUUGUUGGUCACAUCGGAGCGGUUGAACUAGCGGCAGUUGGAGUAUCAGUUUCGAUAUUCAAUCUGGUAUCUAAAUUGUUCAAUGUGCCCUUACUUAACAUCACAACAUCCUUUGUCGCCGAAGAACAAGCUCUGCUUGGCGAAAGAGUUAGCACUAGUUCAGUUCAAUCGGGUGAUGGUUCAGGGAUUCGGUCAGAAGAACUUCCCUCGGUGUCCACUUCCUUGGUCCUCGCCACUAUUUUUGGCGUUGCAGAAGCUGUUGCACUAUAUAUUGGUUCGGGUUUCUUAAUGAAUAUCAUGGGUAUACCUGUAGGUUCACCUAUGCGAGUGCCAGCUGAGCAGUUCCUUACAUUAAAGGCGAUUGGUGCUCCACCCAUUGUGAUAGCCCUUGCUGCACAGGGAGCUUUUCGUGGGUUUAAAGAUACAAAGACGCCUCUAUAUGCCAUUGGUUUUGGCAACUUGUUGAAUGCAAUCCUAGAUCCAAUCCUGAUAUUCCUAUGCAGUUUUGGCAUAGGGGGAGCUGCAGUUGCCACUGUGAUAUCUGAGUACCUAAUUGCAAUUAUCCUUCUCUGGAAGUUGAAUGAUAAAGUGAAGCUGGUCUCUCCAGAGAUGGAUGGAAUAAGACUAAUCCGCUAUCUUAAUUCUGGUGGCCUUCUCAUUGGUAGGACUGUAGCAGUGCUUUUAACAAUGACACUGUCAACAUCCUUGGCAGCUAGGGAGGGGCCAAUAUUCAUGGCUGGUCAUCAAAUUUGCAUGCAAGUUUGGUUGGCUGUAUCCCUGCUCAAUGAUGCUUUAGCAAUUGCUGGUCAGGCUCUGCUGGCUGGUGGCUACUCCAAAGGACAGUAUGAAGAAGCACGGCAAGUGACUUAUAAAGUUCUGCAGAUUGGUUUGGGGACUGGAAUGGCUUUGGGUGCCACACUACUUCUUGGAUUUGGAUCUUUUGCUAGCCUAUUCACCACAGAUGCUGAAGUCCUAAAAAUUGCUUCCUCUGGUAUUUGGUUCGUUGCUGGUUCUCAGCCUGUGAAUGCUUUAGCUUUCGUUCUCGAUGGCCUCUACUACGGUGUUUCAGACUUUGGAUAUGCUGCCUACUCCAUGGUGGUAGUUGGUCUAGUCUCAUCAUUGUUUCUACUCUGGGCUGCUCCGUUAUACGGUCUUCCCGGCGUCUGGGCUGGGUUAUUCCUUUUCAUGAUCUUGCGUGUCAUUGCUGGUAUAUGGAGGUUGGGCGAUAAAAAUGGGCCUUGGAAAGUGGUUUGGGCCGAAGCCAACCAGGAAAAGGAGUAGCAUGGCGCGACCUGGCUCGAGAGUUGACGCGGCCCAAACAAGGAUUGAACAGCUUUGCUUGUAUAUAUACUUUUCUCUUCUCUGGCACCCGAACAAAAAAUUGUAGCAGUACAGUGUUCGCUCGCUUCUGUGCGGUGGCGCUAUUAGCUGUUUUGGUUCAGAUCCUCCCUCAAAAUUCUACGUGUAUACAGCAUAACUUGGUUAGGGUUACAACUUACAAAAGAAGUUCCUCUACCUGUGUAGACAGAAGAGAAAAAUUCUGAACAGUAGCUCGUAAUCCGACUGCUACCGACAAAUCUAAAAC